UAAAAAAGAGCAAAGGGACCUGAAACGAAAGAUGCAAGAUGAGGCCGUAGACUCUUCAGACAGCAUGAAUGUUCCCGACAUAGUUUUGCAGUCAUCAUCUCCCAAACUCUCACAGAAGCAAGACUACAUCUUCCACGGAGGGAGACGUCAUGUGAGGCCGUACUACUUCGAGUUCAUCGCUCAUGUUGGUACUGUUAAAAGUGGAAGAAUCAAAGUUGAUGGAGAAACUGUACCAGCUUCUUAUAUUGUCAAAUCUUCCCAAAAGAUCACUCAUUUCCUCCACAGGCAUGAGCCACCGGUGAUGACUGAUGAUGUAGAGAUCCUUCUUAAAGAACCUGAUGUUGUUACUGUCUGCAAGCCAGCUUCUAUCCCUGUGCAUCCGUGUGGUCAAUACCGUAAGAACACGGUUGUUGGAAUCCUUGAUGCUGAGCAUAACCUUGGCCCUCUAUUUCCUAUUCACCGAUUAGACCGUUUGGUUUCUGGAUUGCUCAUCAUAGCAAGGACUGCAGCAAAGGCUGAUUUUUUCAGGCAACAGAUAGAGGGUGGAUUGGUGAAGAAACGCUAUAUUGCAAAGGUUAUUGGCGUGUUUCCAGAAGAUGAGAAAGUGGUCGACGCCAAUAUAAAUUAUAAUGGCAGCGAAGGAAGAAGCACAGCAGAGGACGCCAGUUCGAGUGGUGAUGAUAAGAAGGUGAAGGGGAAGCCCGCAUGCACCAAGUUCACUAGAAUCGAUACAAAUGGGACUCAUAGCCUCGUCUUGUGUGAACCAGUGACAGGGAGAACUCAUCAAAUAAGAGUGCAUCUACAAUAUACAGGGCAUCCCAUAGCGAAUGACCCGCUUUAUCUAACUCAACACGUGGAUGAUCUUGAGACCAAGAUUGCCAAAAGAAUUGAUGCAGGUGAGAGAAAGCUUGUCUCCCCAGAGGACUAUAUGUAUUCCAGUGAAGAUUUCAGCAUCGAUCCAAUGUGCACAAACUGCCCUAAGCUGAUCCCACAAGGGUACGAGGAGCAUGAUGAGGCUCUUUGGUUGCAUUGCGUUCGUUACUCUGGAACCGGAUGGGAAUACGAGUGUCCUUAUCCAUCUUGGGCUUCCCUUACAUUGCCAUUUUCUUAGACAAGAAACUGUAAUUCUUAUUACCAACAGUUGUAGCAACUCACUUGUUUAAGGGUUGUACUGUUAUAAUGAUCUGAUCAAGUUGAUUUGUUGGAUUCAAAAA